CGACGGCGUCAUUUGAAAUAAACUGAGUGAACCAUUCGCUGUAUUACAGCGGUAUAAAACACGUGCUAAGUAAACCACGCUAGUCAUAAAACGGUGAAUAUAUUCCUUUAACCAGUAUUACAUUGUGAAAUCAAAAUGCCUGAACAAAUGCAGACUCAAGCCGAGGUGGAGACCUUCGCCUUUCAGGCGGAGAUCGCCCAGCUCAUGUCAUUGAUCAUCAACACAUUCUAUUCCAACAAAGAGAUCUUCCUCCGUGAGAUAAUUUCCAACUCGUCAGACGCUUUGGACAAGAUCCGGUAUGAAUCACUCACGGACCCGUCGAAACUGGAGAGCGGCAAGGAAUUAUACAUCAAGAUCAUUCCCAACAAGAGCGAAGGCACGCUGACCAUCAUCGACACAGGUAUUGGCAUGACUAAAGCCGAUUUGGUGAACAACUUGGGUACCAUCGCUAAAUCUGGCACCAAGGCGUUCAUGGAGGCGCUGCAGGCCGGCGCUGACAUCAGUAUGAUCGGUCAGUUCGGUGUAGGUUUCUACUCCUGCUAUUUAGUCGCCGACCGCGUCACGGUCCACUCAAAGCACAAUGACGAUGAACAAUACAUGUGGGAAUCCUCCGCGGGUGGCUCGUUCACCGUGAGGGCCGACCAAGCGGAGCCCCUGGGGCGUGGUACAAAGAUUGUACUGCACAUUAAAGAAGAUUUAGCUGAAUACUUGGAGGAGCACAAAAUUAAGGAAAUUGUAAAGAAACAUUCCCAAUUCAUUGGUUAUCCUAUCAAACUUGUUGUCGAGAAGGAGCGCGAAAAGGAGCUGUCUGAUGAUGAAGCCGAGGAGGAGAAAAAAGAGGAAGGCGAAGAAGACAAGCCUAAGAUCGAGGAUGUGGGAGAAGAUGAUGAGGAGGACAAGAAAGACAAGAAGAAGAAGAAAACUAUUAAGGAAAAGUACAGUGAGGAUGAGGAGCUGAACAAAACAAAGCCCAUCUGGACGAGAAAUGCCGAUGACAUCACCCAGGAGGAGUACGGUGACUUCUACAAGUCCCUCACCAACGACUGGGAGGAUCAUCUGGCCGUCAAGCACUUCUCUGUUGAAGGCCAGCUCGAGUUCCGUGCCCUCCUCUUCGUGCCACGCAGAGCUCCAUUCGACCUCUUUGAAAAUAAGAAGCGUAAGAACAACAUUAAAUUGUAUGUCCGCAGGGUAUUCAUUAUGGAUAACUGCGAGGACCUCAUCCCCGAGUACCUGAACUUCAUCAGAGGUGUGGUCGACAGUGAGGACUUGCCUCUGAACAUUUCCCGUGAGAUGCUCCAACAGAACAAAAUCCUUAAAGUAAUCAGAAAGAAUUUAGUAAAGAAAUGUAUCGAACUCUUUGAGGAAUUGGCUGAGGACAAAGAGAACUACAAGAAAUAUUAUGAACAAUUCAGCAAGAACUUGAAACUUGGUAUCCAUGAAGAUUCACAGAACAGGUCCAAGUUGGCCGACUUGCUGCGUUACCACACAUCUGCAUCUGGUGAUGAGGCAUGCUCCCUCAAAGAGUAUGUAUCCCGCAUGAAGGAUAACCAGAAACACAUUUAUUACAUCACCGGUGAGAACCGUGACCAGGUAGCCAACUCCUCAUUUGUGGAGAGGGUCAAGAAGCGAGGCUAUGAAGUAGUCUACAUGACUGAGCCUAUCGAUGAGUAUGUAGUACAACAAAUGAGGGAGUAUGAUGGAAAGUCACUUGUUUCCGUCACCAAGGAGGGUCUAGAGCUCCCUGAGGAUGAAGAGGAGAAGAAGAAGCGUGAGGAAGACAAGGCCAAGUUCGAGGGUCUCUGCAAAGUAAUGAAGAACAUUCUCGACAACAAAGUGGAGAAGGUGGUUGUUUCCAACCGACUUGUAGAGUCGCCAUGCUGCAUUGUGACAGCUCAAUAUGGUUGGUCAGCAAACAUGGAGCGUAUCAUGAAAGCUCAGGCUCUCCGUGACACCUCUACCAUGGGCUACAUGGCUGCCAAGAAGCACCUCGAGAUCAACCCUGACCACUCCAUUGUCGAGACACUGCGGCAGAAGGCAGAGGCUGACAAGAAUGAUAAGGCAGUGAAAGACCUUGUUAUCCUGUUAUACGAAACUGCUUUACUCUCAUCUGGCUUCACUCUUGACGAGCCCCAGGUCCACGCUUCCCGCAUUUACCGUAUGAUCAAGCUCGGUCUUGGUAUCGAUGAGGAUGAGCCUAUCCAGGUCGAGGAGUCGAGCGCUGGUGACGUGCCCCCGCUCGAAGGUGAUGCUGAUGAUGCGUCACGCAUGGAGGAAGUUGAUUAAAUCUCUUAGCCGCCUAUAAUUAAGUUGUGUAUGUAAUGGUGAUGUUUUGUGCACUGGUGUACAGCCAAAGACUGAUUUAGUUCAAAAAAUUCCAUUAUUAAAAAUAAAUGGUAAUGUUAAUAAAUUA